AUGGCCGACGCGCAGUUCUUUAUGCAGCAGCGCCAGCUACAGCUACAGCUACGGGCAGCCCAGUCCACAAACGUCUUCGCGGAGAUGGUGCUGGUGAUCAAGGUGCUAAUCAAGCGCAGCCUCCGCAGUCGAGCCACGGACGUGCUGACCAAGCUCGCAAGCCUCUGGGUGCUCUUUCAAAAGCUGAACUCAUUGCGGCGUUCGUCAGCCAGCAGGAGCAGUUGGACUUGCUUCAGCUUCAGUGUGCUGCCGUUUUUCGCUUUGCUGCUGACGGCGUCUUUGCCUUGCAGCUCCUCACGGCAGUGUCUCAGUGGAAGGAGUCUCACCGUCCUGGACGUCCUCACCCGCUUGGAGCUUGUUCGACAGCGGUUGAGCUCGCGAUGCUCCUGGGCAUUUCCACAGCGACGACUUCUCCAUCGUGCAAUGCGGAUGCGGCGGCAGCCUUUAAGGCAUUGGUGUGACGCAACAGCGGUUGCUCGUGAGUUCAGUCAUUGCAGCGCUCGGCUUACUGCAAAGAAAGAGCAUAUCAUCCUGGACUGCAGACCUACGCUACAUGGCCGCAUCUUUCCAUAUUACAAUGUCUUAUGUCAGUUCUUGGAGUCGUUCGACGCUGAACGCUUGGGUCGGAAGCCUGCUGGCGUGCCUGAAGAUAAGGUGGACUCUCGAGUCCGGCAGGCAGUCGAUGCUUCUUUGACAGCGCGUGCUAUGAAGGAGAUCUUUGACCGAAAGGCUCCCGACAAUGAGGCCUUUAAGCAGCUGAACGCCCUCGCCACAAGUAAGAACUUCAGGUUUGUGCACACGGACGAGCUCUCUGCUUUCAGAGGAAGGCGUCUCGUCUUCUCAGGACGCGACUCGCUCUCGAGGCCUCCGCUUGCGCGCAAAAUGGCCGACCCUUGGGCAAAUGGAGAAGACCUGUGGAGCAACAAAGGAUCAGCACCGCCCGUUGUGGAGACUUUCGCUGAUGGUCAAGACAAUGAUCUGAGGAGGAGUGAACCGGGUCCCGGGUUUCCCUGGGAGUGUGAACGACUGCUGGGGCGGAGCUCUGUCACUCAACGCUUACGUCAGCUUCCUGUGUUCAUGCACCAGCUUGGAAAUCAGAAGGUUCAGCUGAAACGUGAAAAAGUCUUGCAGGUGAACACUGUUGAGACAGUUACGCUGGUGGUUCACCGCCACACGGGACGCUUGGCGCAGGAGGCGCGGCCUGAAAUCCUGGCGUCGCUUGUUAAGUUCCUGCGCAGCUUUGUCAAUCCGAUUUAUCUUUCGGAUGUCUGGUGUGGUAAAAAGGCCCUGCAGGCGGUCCUUGCACUCUCAGGUUCCAAAGGUGUCAGUGUGUUUGUCCGCGCGAACAACGACGACGUCACGCAAGGCGCUGAGGCCCUGUAUGACGUGAUCCCUUUUGACGCCCGUAAGGCUCUUGAAAGUGUUGCGAGUAUGGCUGCUCGGUUGCCAGCCUCGCCGGUGGUAACCUUCACGGACACCCAAGCGUCUCUUCUGAUUCUGAAGGAACACUACGUAGCUUGCGUCAAGGCACCGACAGUCCACCCUUUCCCUACUGGCGGGGUACGUGUACUGAAGGGCUUCAGCACUGUUGCAGACUGCCACCAGAGUGGCUGGACUGCUUUCGUUGAGUCCACCUGGACGUACAAAGAGCGUAGAGACUCUCACAAGCGAGCCUGCAGAGUUUCCUUUAGCGAGCCCCCUGAUGCACCACAGGUCUGGACCUCCCAAGCUGUCAUCCUCAUCGAGCUUGUUCUGCCAAAGACCUCGCUACGCUCGCCAGCAGGGGUGGCAACAGACCCGUCUUGGCAGUGGACGGGCUCGGGUAGUCCGUCCGUAUGCGCAGUGGACGACUCCACCUUUAAAGCUUGGCUUGAGGCAAAGUUCGAAGAGUUUGAGGUUCAGUCUGAGGCCCGCCUCCACAGCAGCCUUAGCCAGUUGGACGAAGCAGUGGCCGUGUGCAUUAUCGGGGUGGCCCAGCGCUCACA